UCUCGCACCCUAAGCGAGAAUCAUACCACUAGACCAAAUGCCCUUUGUUGAUGCUAGCAGAAAUGAAUCUUCUACAUCAUUACUACAGACCGAUUGCACAAUCUAAUUGUCGUCCUGUGGUGAUUCUGGCGAUAGUUCUUCGGCUCUCCCCCACGAGAACCGGAGCAGGAAUUGCAAGAAGAAUAUAUACCCGAUUCCCUCCGUCCCGAGCUCAAAUCUUGUUUUCCCCCAUCUGCUUGAUCGCCUCGCCUCCCUCGUUUCUUCGUCUCGCGCGACUCGGCCAGGGGGAUCCGGCGCGGAGAGGAAUGACAUCGCCGAUGUCCGGAGACGCACGCACGCCGCCCCGUGGGGCGGCGCCUUACGCUCUGUACCAGUUCGGCACCAGCGGCGCCGCCGUCGCCGUCGCCACCGCCGUCACGCAUCCGCUCGACGUUAUCAAAAUUAGACUCCAAAUGCAGCUUGCUGGGCAAAGAGGAAACUUAGUUGGAAUGGGGGCAAUAUUUACACAAAUGGUAGAAAGGGAAGGGCCUCGAUCACUCUAUCUGGGAUUUGCACCAGCAUUGACUAGAUCCCUCAUCUAUGGUGGCCUUCGAUUAGGAUUGUAUGAGCCCUGCAAACAUGUCUGCAGCUACGCAUUUGGUUCAACAAACUUUGCUUUUAAAUUUGCAUCCGGAGUAGUUGCUGGUGCCCUAGCAACUGCAUUGACAAACCCGAUGGAGGUUUUAAAGGUGAGAUCACAGAUGAGUACAAGCAGAAUUAGUACAAUUGGAGUGACGAGGGAAAUUGUAUCAGAGGAAGGAGUCAAAGCGCUUUGGAAAGGAGUUGGCCCAGCUAUGGUGAGAGCAGGCUGCCUCACGGCAUCACAAAUGGCAACUUAUGAUGAGGCCAAACAGGUCUUGCUGAUGUGGACACCACUUGAAGAAGGUUUUCAAUUACAUCUCAUGUCGAGCUGCAUCGCUGGAACAGCUGGUACACUUGUGACUGCACCUAUUGACAUGAUCAAAACAAGGCUAAUGCUGCAACGGGAGUCCAAAGGUGCCAGAGUAUACAGGAAUGGUUUCCACUGUGCUUACCAGGUUGUCCUGACAGAGGGUGUAAAGUCACUUUAUAAAGGUGGGUUUGCCACCUUCGCAAGGUUAGGCCCUCAAACAGCUAUCACUUUCGUCGCGUGCGAGAAGCUGCGGGAACUCGCUGGAAUGUCUGCUAUUUAGUACCGCAAGAGAUUGAAGAAAAAUACAGUUCAACAUUUGUCUAGUUGGAGAGCAUAUUUUGCUCCACUCAUUUAUCGGCAUUUCUUUCAACAUUCAUGAGGGUCUGUCAGAAUUGUAGUACUGAUUUUUGGAAGGGUAAAUUUUUAGCAUGGGCUGCUUUAAUGGUUAGCCUGUACAGAAUAAUGGUUAGCCUGUACUGAUCAGAUUUUCUCUUCAGGUCACAAAGUUGCGAGUACAGAAUAAUGUUCUGAUUUUCAGUCUGAGCUUCA